AUGCCUAGCCUUGCCCAGGUCACCACAGUCAAGGAGACCAAUAGAAAAUUCGAAAUAGGCUGGGCGGUAUCAUUUAUAGCUCUACCGCGCGUCCAAUCUUUUUGUGGCCCCGAUUGCAUAAGAGAAGGCCCCCCUGACGAAGCCAUCGGAUCAAGAUAUCCGCACUCUGACUUCAAUUCUAUGGUUGAAAUAGUUGAACUUUGGGACUCUUGCAUCGAUGAAGUGGCUAUUUCAGGUUUCUUGAAAUACACCCCGUGUCUAAAAUCAUUGACCUACUGGCAUUUACCGAGAAAUAGCAAGGGGCACCAGGAUUGGGAUCUAUGCCGAUUUAUUAUAGCAGUUCACCAUAAGGUCGGCAACCACCUCGAGAAACUCUCUGCAAUACCAGUUAUUUGGAAACCACGCUGCUCGAUAACCCCUUGGCAAGCUAUUACUCGCCUGCAAAGUCUCGAGCUUCCCCUUGAAGUUGUCAUUUGUAGUCUCGCAGCUGCAGAAUUAGCAGAACCUGAAUCCUCGAACUUCGAGUCUUUACUUGGUGACCUUGUACCCGCCUCGGUCUCCCAGCUUUCUUUAUUCUCGCGUGGUAAGCACCCUCAUAAAAGGGCUGUCGAUCUUCUGUUUCGUGAAUUUGCCUCUCGGAAACACCUUCAGACACCUGCCUUAAAGGAAAUCCGCCUGACAUGUCCUGAUGAUGCGGAUGAUUCGUACAAAUCGCAGUGUGCAAAACUGGCAGCGGAGAUGGACAAGGCGAAUGUAGCCCUGUAA